AGCCACUCCCCCCUUUUUGUUUGCAAAGCAAUAUGGCGUUUAGAGGAGUCCUAUCUCUGUUUGUCUGCUUGCUUGCAACCGUCUAUGCAGCAUCAUACGAUGGUGUGAUUCGUGCUGUUGGUGAUGGUCGCUAUGAGGCGUACAUGAUACCUCCGAACAAGGCCAACCAUGCUUCAUUCAUUGAGCAGCUCCCUGAUGGUCAACUGACCCUCGCCUGGUUCAGUGGAACUAAAGAGGGUGCUGACAAAUGCUCCAUUGUAGUAGCACAUCUACCACCUAAUGGAACACAGUGGUCCCAGGCUGCACUUAUUUCUCGAAGAGACGGCUAUUCUAACCAGAACCCAGUACUUUUCUACGAUUCCAAACUCCAACUCUUCAAUCUCUUCCACUCCCAACAGCCUGCUAAUGAUGGAGAACACCAGGCCAAGGUGUGGCAGCUAGUCUCCAAGAACAACGGUCUCAACUGGACCGCCCCAGUGGAGAUAUUCAAGGUGGACGGAUCUUUUGACAGGAACAGAAUUAUAAGCUCCCUCGAUGGUGGUCUCAUCUUCCCCAUCUACUAUUCUGUAUCUGGAGACUCACAUCAAGAUUCAGCCAUGAAGCUCAGUUCUGACCACACUGACUGGGUGGGCUACAAAGUGGAUGACUCCAACUACCUCGUGCAGCCCUCUGUCAUAAGACCCACUCCCAAGCAAUCAUACCUCCUCUCGUACUUCCGUGACCGUCGAGCUGAGCACAUCUACUCGAGCAGCUCCACAGACGAGGGGAAAAGUUGGAGCAAGCCUCAGAAAACCUCUCUACCCAACAACAAUGCUGCUAUCCAGUCCAUCGUACUAGCCAAUGGCCAUGUGGCUCUCGUGUACAAUCCUACCACACGUGCACGCAAUCCCAUAAGAAUAUCGAUAUCACUGGAUGGAGGGAAAACAUGGACCUACGCAAAAGAUUUAGAGAGCAGCUCUUCGGACAAUGUUGAGUUUAGCUAUCCGUCCCUCGUUCAGAGCCCAGAUGGUUUUAUUCAUGUGUCAUACACUUACAAUAGGGACACUAUUAAAUAUGUUAAGUUUAUGGAAAACUGGAUUCACCAAUAACAGUGCUUUACUAUUAUUUUAUUUGUUGCAUGCAACUCUCUAGUGUGUUAACGUUGAUUUUGACUCAAAAAAACGGUUGUUUAGUGUGCAUAAUGUUUUUACAAUAAAGAGUGAAAGUGAAAA